AUGAACGCUUGUUGUCAGUGCCCUCUUGUUGCAAGUUUCUCGCAGUUGUCUGAGGGAAAGGUUAAAGCAGGGCGAAUUUCCGUUGAGAGUUUUCAGGAGAGUGCUUACUGGAUUCGGGGAUCCUACAACGGAACUGCUAAAGAGUAUUUUCAAAAAGCGCUUGAAAAUUAUGAGGAGCUGAGACAUUUCUUGGGCGCCAAUGAUCAGUUUAAAACAUCAUUUCUGGAGGACUCCGGAACAUUUACCAACAGGCUGCUUUGUAAUUUGCUUUGUGCCACCGGAAAUGCUCGGGAUGCUCUUUAUGUUGAAGAGUUAGGUCGAACUAGAGGCCUAUCAGACCUGAUUGCAGAGAAGUACUCGGUUGAAACGCACAUCUCUGCUAAUCCACAAUCUUGGUUUGGCAUUGAAAACAUUAGAGAGAAAAAUAACUGUUCUUGUCUGUACAUUUCUUAUUUUCACAAUCAUUUGCAUUUGUGGGUCUUGAAAAAAAGUGGAGUCCUUCACUUUAGAAAAAUAUCACUAGAAGAGAACCUAGUUCAGGCUUUAAACACGGAUGAAUUGCUACCUCUCUUCCUUGAACGAAAUAGCUCAGCAAAAGUGCGACUCGUGGAGGAGGACGAGGAAGAGAAAGUAAUUUCAAGUCUAUCUUUGUGUUACAAAAUGUUUAUUGCUCCCAUUUAUGAUUUGCUUGAGGAACCUGAAGUCAUUAUUGUUCCUGACCGCAGUUUGUACAAAGUUCCCUUUGCUGCCCUAAGUGAAAAGGAGGUAGCCGAAUACCUCUCGGAUACUCAUAGGAUCCGUGUCAUUCCUUCUCUAAGGACACUCAAGAUUAUUCAAGAUAGUCCAGAGGACUAUCACAGCAACGCUGGUGCCUUGAUAAUAGGCAAUCCCAAGGUUGAUUGGCUGCCGCCAUUGCCAGGUGCAAGAAAGGAAGCGGAAAUGGUCGGACGACUGGUAGGCUUUCCGCCUCUGGUAGAAGAGGAAGCAACGAAGCAGGCAGUGCUUGAGUGGAUAAGUUCAGUGAGCCUAAUACAUUUUGCUGCCCACAAGAGCGCCGAAAAGGGAGAAAUUGCCCUCUCCCCCAAACCUACUCCCAACAGUCGAAACGCUAUCCCACCACAGGAAGCUUACAUGUUGACGACGGGUGAUAUCUCACGAGUGAAAGUCAGAGCUAAACUGGUGGUACUUAGCUGCUUUCACAGUGGACAGAUAAGAGCCCAGGGAGUAAUUGGAAUUGCCCGUGCAUUCUUGGGAUCCGGUGCUCGCUCGGUACUGGUUGCGAUGUGGGCCAUUCCAGACUCAGCAAAAGAACAGCUGAUAAAUCGGUUCUACGAACACCUUGUUGAAGGAGAAAGUGCCAGUGAAUCCCUUCAUCAGGCCAUGAAGUGGAUGAGAAAAAACGGCUUUACCAAAGUGUCUGAGUGGGCUUUGUUUACGCUGAUUGGAGAUGAUGUGAGGCUCGAGUUUGACAAGGGAAGAUAAGACUCGGUGAGAACAG